UCCAAACAAUAAAUAUCAGAAAAUUCAGUUAGGAGUAUUUUAGUGAAAAUAAUGGUCAGCAAUUCAGCAAAGGAUGAAGAUGGCAGGAUCGAGGAAACGACGAAUGCCCAUCAAUUAGAAGACUCUAAAGUGCCAUUCUGGAGGAAACGUCGCUAUCAUCUCGUUCUUAUGGUCUUCCUCGGAUUAUUCAAUCUCUACACCUUGAGGAUUAAUCUUAGUGUAGCUAUUGUGGCGAUGACUAAGAAAAACAACGUAACUCUGGACAAUGAAACGAUCGUUGAAGAGCAAGAAUUUGAAUUUGAUUCAAAGCAGGAAGGACUCAUCCUCAGUUCCUUCUUCUAUGGCUACAUAGCGACGCAACUUGUGGGAGGAUACUUAGGAUCUAGAUUCGGAGGACAUUUGAUGUUUGGACUUGGUCUUGGACUGUCUUCAUUGAUGGCAUUGCUUAUUCCAGUUCUAGCUAAAACUAGUCUAGGUCUAUUUGUUACAGCAAGAAUCCUUCAAGGACUCUUCGGAGGUAUUGUUCCUCCAUCAAUUAUGGUCAUUUGGUCAAAAUGGGCACCAUUUUAUGAGAGAUCCUUAAUGGGAAAUGUCGCCUUCACAGGAGGCUACAUUGGAACAGGCGUGGCGAUGCUCCUUUCGGGUGUUUUAGCUGUUUCAUGGGGUUGGGAGAGUAUUUUUUACUUCUUCGGAUCAGUAGGAUGUCUCUGGUACAUUUGUUGGCUUUUUGUGAUAAAAGAAAGUCCAGAAGUUGAUCCCUUUAUAACAGAAGCAGAGAAAAAGUACAUUAUGACAAGCAUUGGGGAUUCAGAUAAAAUGAUUUCACAUCCUUGGAAGGAUAUUUUCACAUCACCACCAGUUUGGGCAAUUGUCGUGGCGAAUUUAACUGCAAUGUGGGGUGCAUAUACACUUUUAACGCAACUUCCAAUGUUCCUCAAUGAUACAUUGGACUUUGAUUUGGACACAACAGGAUAUGUGUCAGGAAUACCCUUCAUAGCUGUGGUUGGUUUUCUCUUCAUUUCGGGAUAUUUAGCAGAUUGGGUGCGUGUUAAGGGUUACCUCAGAACGGGUCAAGUACGUCGGUAUUGGAAUUGUGUUGCCUUCAUAGUUCAAAUGGCUUUCAUACUCCUAACUGCCUUUGCAACGGAUCCAAUUGUAAGCAUGGUCUACAUAACACUCGCCGUAGCUGCUAGUGCUUUUCCUUGGUCGGGGUAUGCUGUCAACGGAUUGGAUUUAGCUCCCAGUCAUGCUUCCAUCAUUUUUGGCUUAUCAAAUACAUUCGGAACUCUCUCUGGGAUCGUUAGUCCCAUAGUUAUGGGACACAUAGUUACAGACAAGACACGAGAACAGUGGCAGAUUGUCUUCUUCAUAACAGCCAGUAUCUAUCUGUGUGGAGCAAUCUUCUGUUGGUUCUUCGUAAGAGGUACCCUACAACCCUGGGCGAAGAUUGACCAAGAAAAAUUAGCAGCAAAAAAGAAGGAAUUGGAAAAUGAUAAGAUGGAAUCUGCCGAAAACUGAAGUGGCAUAACUGGAUGUCUGGUGAGCAAAUAAAGAUAAAAAGACAAUAAAGAGAUCGC